AUGUGGGCUGGGGUUUCUCUGUCCAAACCACCCCAGCAAAAAUGGACACUUACUAGAAGAAAUGGGGAAAAUGUGCUGGACAAAUCAAAACAAACGAGCAAGCAAAAAAAAAAAAAACACAAAAAACUGUCCAGCUUUUUCGUAUCGGCCGCUGACAUGCCAUCCAGACUAAGGAAGACCCGGAAACUUAGGGGCCACGUGAGCCACGGCCACGGCCGCAUCGGCAAACACCGGAAGCACCCGGGAGGCCGCGGUAAUGCUGGUGGCAUGCAUCACCACAGGAUCAACUUCGACAAAUAUCACCCAGGAUACUUUGGGAAAGUUGGUAUGAGGCAUUACCACUUAAAGAGGAACCAGAGCUUCUGCCCAACUGUCAACCUUGAUAAAUUGUGGACCUUGGUCAGUGAGCAGACACGGGUAAAUGCUGCCAAGAACAAGACUGGAGCUGCUCCUAUCAUUGAUGUGCGAUCGGGUUACUACAAAGUUCUGGGGAAGGGAAAGCUCCCAAAGCAGCCUGUCAUCGUGAAGGCCAAAUUCUUCAGCAGAAGAGCUGAGGAGAAGAUUAAGGGUGUCGGUGGGGCUUGUGUCCUGGUAGCUUGAAGCCACAUGGUGGGAUUCAUUAAAUGAUAAGUGCUUUUCAAAAAAAAAAAAAAA